AUGAUUCACAACAAGAUCCCAUCAUCAACAAUAUCUCCACUACAUCAUCCAAUUUUCCUACUAUUGUCAUUCAUUUUAUUAUUAAUACCAUGCGCAUCAUCACUAUCAUUAACCUACUGUUCAUCACAAAACUUGGGCUCAGAUUCAACUUCGGAUCAGUACAUGUCUAAUGGCUAUUGUCAAGAUUAUUGUCGUAAACAAGGGUAUGCCGUGGCGAUAUUAUCACGAUUUGAUUGUUUUUGCAGCAAUGAUGUACCUGCUGAUCAAAUUGAUUUGAGCGAUUGUGACACUUCGUGUCCUGGAUACCCUGAUGAAAAAUGUGGUGAUGAGGAUCAUUUUGGGUAUUUGGUUUUUGGUGAGGUUGACGCAACUGUAGGUGGUGAAUCGUCCUCAACUAAAGCACAAACAGAAACUGACACUGACACUGACACAAGCACUGAUACAAACACGGAGACGGAUGCUGCUGAGACUACUUCUACGAGCAGCGCGUCAAGAUCAACAUCAUCAUCAACAACACCUCGAAGUACUUCUUCGCCUAGAUCCACUCCACCAAGUUCUACUCCCACCUCCACAACUACAUCCCCCUCCUCACAACAAACAGCAAUGGUUACACGAACAACUCAAGUUACACAAGUUCACCUGUCAAAUGACGUAAUUAAAGUGACCGAAUACUACACCGUGACGCCAUCAAGUUCAAGCACCAGCCAAUCAUCAUCAACUUCUUCGUCUCCUUCAUCACCGAGUGUUGUGUCGUCCACAGUUGUACUCAUUUCAACGCAAGUUAAAGCAUCAACUGUUUUUUCAGUGGUUACUCUCAACGGUACCCAAAGUCAACAACAAGUGAGUACAAUGUAUAUCACCCAAUCGGCAAAUUCAACCCUGAUUAAAUCGUCACCACCUACUGACGAAAGUAGCACCACCAAUGAAUCAUCAGCAAGCGCAUCAUCAGAAUCAUCUUCUACAGAUUUAGUUGGCGUUGCAGGGGCAGCUCCAUCAGCAUCAUCAUCACCAUCGACUGACCCGAUACUUUCAUCAACGUCAUCACCCACGUCAUCAGAUGGUGACGAAUACACAUCAGAAACAGCAGCAGCCUCAUCCACAAACCAAAGCAACAAGAAUGCAUUUUUUUCAGAUGCAGGUAAAGUUGCAGGAACAUUUACCGCGGUAGGUGUCGUUGUUCUUGGAAUCGUUUCAGCAAUACUAUACUGUUGCUGCUGUUGUACACCGGCUGCGCGUCGCAAACGUUCAAGAAAUGAUGAUCGAUACACUUCAGAUGAAGAAGAGAAUCGAUACUCGCUGGAUUACGAUGAUGUGGAUGUUGAUCAUGAAAAAGUUGUUGCUUUUAACAAGAGUCAACGCGGGGGAGCAGGAGGAAACUAUCAGCAACGUAAUGGUAGCUAUCCUUCAGCUCCAGGGCAACCAGUACCAGUUCCUCCCCCGGAUUAUCAUCGUCAUAGCAAACGAUCGUCAUUAUCAUCAUCAUUGAAACGCGAUAAUUCCACAAAGACUUUAUUUUCAUUGUUUAUGGGUGGUGGUAAUAACAAUUCCGAUAAAGAUAAAGCCAAUGCUAAUAGCAAUUACUACUAUAAUAAUGAUUACGGCAGUAGUGGGGGUCUGGGCAUCAAUAGGAACUUGUCUCGCAAAAAAUUGUUGCGGGGAUCCCAUCAUGGCGGUGGCAUGGGUAGUGGUGGUGGCGCUUAUGUUCUCAAUGGUGGUGAUUCAUCUGAUGAUAAUGGUGACAUUAUCAUGUUUCCAAUUGAUGAGAAUAACCAGCCAAUGUUUAGUAAGUCACUUGAUGACAUUCACGAUCAUCAUAACGGAGGUGCCGGUGGUGGUACUUUAAAGAUUGCCAACCCGGAUUAA